CUGCUCUGAGUCCUUUGACCAUGGAGCUGGAGUAAAUGUUCAAUAAAACUCACAAAGUUCCUCCGUUAUUGUCUUUUACAGCGACAACCAAACACGAUGAACAUGAUAAGCAGGCCCCGCUUAGAUGCGAUCCUCUCCAUAUUCGUUACAGUGCACCCUCACGAGACUUCCAUAUUGCUCCACUCCUCCUCUUGCUUCUUCUUCAUCUUGAGCGCCUACUUCGUGGUGCUUCCUUUGCGUGAUGAUGGUGCAAUCUCAUUGGGCAUAUCAAACCUGCCGGGUCUCUUUGUGGGGUCCUUGGUGCUUACUUUGAUUGCUGCUCCUCUUUCCACUUUCAUUUUCUCUUUGCCUAGUCUUUCCAAAGGCAAGGCAUUGGUUUUGAUACACAGGUUUUUUAGCAUAUCACUUGUUUUAUUCUUCAUUCUAUGGCUUUCCUCAUCGGCUGGAUAUUCAUUAUCCAAAUUAAAGGGAUCAGUGGCUACAUCCUCUACUUCAAAAGAGGAACAAAAGGUUGAUGCUAAUUCUACAUACUCUGUACAAUGGGAUAACCAUGGAUGGUUUUAUAUUUUAGUGAGAGUUGCAUUCUUCCUUUGGGUUGCUCUGCUUAAUCUAAUAACAAUUUCUUCAACUUGGGCAAGAGUGAUUGAUGUCAUGGACAGCGAGUCAGGUUCAAGAUUGUUUGGGUUCAUUGGUGCCGGUGCCACACUUGGCCAGCUUUUUGGGUCAUUGUUUGCCACCGGAAUGGCUUGGUUGGGGCCAUUUCUACUCCUAUUUGCUGCUUUGCUAAUGGAAUUUGCUGCACAGUCAUCAAAAGGGAUAAACAAGGAUGUAUCCCAUAAUUCCCAUCUUCCUGAGGAAUUAACUCCCAUCAGGGAAGCUGAUCUUGAUCAACAAAACGAGGUUCAUGGUGAUCGGCAGACUGCACAACCUCUCAGAAAUUCUUCUCCUAAGUUUCCGAGUUCCAUGGCAAAGCCUCAGCUUUGGACCAUCUUAGAUGGACUCCGGCUCAUAUUGUCUUCAACUUAUUUGUUGUACGUGUCUUUGUUCCUGUGGCUUAGUGCAGUUGUCUCUUCAUUCUUCUAUUUCCAAAAAGCGAGCGUAAUCGCUGCAACUAUUACUAGCUCUGUUGAGAGAAGAAGAUUGUUUGCCCAGAUAAAUAGUUUCAUUGCUGCUUUUAUUCUUGCCGGACAACUUACCUUGACGGGGCGCGUUCUUACUGUUGCUGGGGUUACUAUAGCUCUUUGCUCUGCUCCUUUUGUUUCAUUCUUAAAUUUGAUUGCUAUUGCCAUUUGGCCAACUUGGGUAGCCAUUGCUGUGUCUGAGACCUUGCGAAAGGUUGUUACUUAUGUUGUGACCAGGCCUGGAAGAGAACUCCUAUUUACAGUUGUCUCUCAGGAUGAGAAAUACAAAGCAAAGGUGUGUAUAGAUGUAGUUGUUCAAAGACUUGGAGAUGCUACCGCUGCAGGGAUGUACAAGCUACUUUCUAGCACUCUCAAUGGGAGAACGUCAACUGUCUCAAUAUAUGCCUUACCUGUGUGCUUAUUGUGGAUAGUCACUGCAUUCCAUUUAGGACGCCGUCAAGCACAGCUUUCAAAGCUACAAACUUCCCCCACUUCCUAAAAUGUUGUAAAAUUUUAAUGUACAUUAGUUGCAGGAUAUAGGAUACAAAUAUAAAAUUUUAAAGUUUUGAAAUGUUCUACAAGCAGAUUCAUAGAUGUACACUUUUUUUCUUUCAUUUCUUUUCACUGGAAAUAAUGAUGGUUAUUAAUUCAUCAAUGAUCUGGCACAAAAAGGCCAAUUGUACUAA